AUGGCGUGAGGGGGAAAUCUGUCCAAGAUGGCGGCGACCACGGAGAGCAGCAAUGCUGUGGCAGCAGGCAAGCGAAAACACUUAGGCAUCCCGGAGGCUGUAUUUGUGGAGGAUGUGGACGCCUUCAUGAAGCAGCCUGGCAAUGAGACGGCUGACGCUGUGCUGAGGAAGCUGGAUGAGCAGUAUCAGAAGUACAAGUUCAUGGAGCUCAACCUGGCGCAGAAGAAGCUGAGAUUGAAAAGCCAGAUCCCCCAAAUUAAGCAAACACUCGAAAUUUUAAAACACAUGCAGAAGAAAAAGGACACCACAGAUCCUUUGGAAACCCACUUCCUGCUGGCUGAUAACCUGUAUUGCAAGGCCUUGGUACCCCCCACAGAUAAAGUCUGUUUGUGGCUUGGUGCCAAUGUGAUGUUGGAGUAUGACAUCGAUGAAGCCCAGGCCCUGCUGGAGAAGAACUUGGCCACGGCCACACGCAACCUGGAGUCACUGGAGGAGGACCUGGACUUCCUGCGGGACCAGUUCACCACCACCGAAGUCAACAUGGCGCGCGUGUACAACUGGGAUGUGAAGAGGAGGAGCAAGGACAACAGCUCGAAAAGCACCGACAAGUCUUAAAACCUGCCACGCCCCACGAGGAGCCCGCCCAAACCUCUUUUUUUUAUUUUUUUUUUCUUUGAAAAAAAAACGGAAAACAAAAGUCGCCGAGCUAUUUUUUUAUUUUUAUUCGGAGAGACUGCAGAUAGGUCACCCUGGUACAGUUCUUCUUUUUCGUUCUUCCCCAAAAAGCAGCCGACUGGGAGGUGGCGUGGGAGUGGCUGCUCUCUGGCGCUGGAGCGGGUCCGCAGAGACUCGGGUGCGAUGGGGCCGACGCGCAUCUUUGUGUGGACUCACCUUGCCCGAAUGAACCAGCGAGCCGGGCCGGUCAGGGUUCUGAUCCGGCCUCGGCGGCGAGCGCUGCCCAAGCCAGUCGCAUCCCUCCUCCCUCCUCCCUCCUCCACCCACAGCCUCUGUCCCUCGUCGCCCCCUCCUGGGAAAAAUGUUCCAGUUCUAGUUCACCCCCUCUCCUGUGCAGACAUGAGAACGGCCGCCUGUUCGUUUGUGGUAUUUAUUUGUCUGUAUUAUUAAAUACAAGAUUCAAAUAGAAGUGGCCGAUAUGAUGAGCUGA